GGGCCAGGCCGCGUAUAAGAAAGCUGAGCGGCGGCGGGGCGGGGAAGGACGGGACACUUGGUUACCGCGCCGCCGCCACCACCGGACCAGCCGUUGCUCUUGCGCCUUCCUUCGCGGACCCCACGACGCCAUGAAGCCCAGUCGCCCCGCCGGCCUUUGCGCCCCCGCUCUCCUGCUGCUGUUGCUGCUGGGCUCCGCCGCCGCCGAGUCGGUGAGAGAAACUGAGACUAUGGACCCACAGCUGUAUGAAUUUCCAUCUGGAGAUUUGCCAGAUGAUGAAGACUCAAGGCCUGACUUUGUAAUUGAUGAAGAUGGCUACGACUACUCAGGUUCAGGAGAUGAAGAAGAUGAUACAGAGGGUGCCUUUCUUCCAACCUCUGCAAGUCCUAUGGAGCCCAUGGACAACUUUAUCCCUUAUUCCAAAGGAGAGACAAAGGAUAGCGAGCCUGCUGUGAUAGAAAUAGAAAACGAUUCUGUUCUCAGGAAACCUGCACCCUCUGAAGAAGGCGAUGAGCCAUCCAACAAGAUCUCGAUGGCCAGCACAGCCAAUGGCAGCAUCUUUGAGAGGACAGAAGUUCUGGCAGCUCUUAUUGCAGGUGGGGCAGUCGGGUUGCUGCUGUUUGCUGUCUUCCCAAUCCUCCUCCUGAUCUAUCGCAUGAAGAAAAAGGAUGAGGGCAGUUACGACCUAGGCAAGAAGCCGAUCUACAAGAAAGCACCCACAAACGAAUUCUACGCCUAAGGCCUGCCAACGCCACAGACCCAUUUGGGAGUCAGAAACGGACUUUGUAAAAAAAAAAAAAAAAGGCAUUUGGACUGCGGACAAGAAGCUCUGAGACAAAUGCUCUCUUGGAUCUAACCGUCAAAGUGAUUUUUUUAUAUAUAUAUAAACUUUGUGACCCUUCCCAUCCCGCUAGCCAACGAGGAUGCAAAGUAAAUUUUUAAAAAGGCAGCGUCCUAUGGAGAAAACCCCCCCUUGUGGGGUGUGCGAGUGUGCAUGUGUCCUGAAACGCAAAGCAAAUUUUGCCAAAUGCUCUGUUUUGGUUGGGUGAAGGGGUUUCGUUUGUGAAACUGUUUGCAUUUGGUCGCGGUGCUCCAACUUGCCUUGUCUGCAGAAAAGGUGUAAGUUCAUCUCUACCUGUAAGAAGGUUGACCUGUAGCAGUCCAGCUCUGCAAGGCUUUUUCUUUUUUUGUAAAGAACUUAUUUAUGAAAUCUCCUGCGCUACAGUGCACAUUAGCCUUGGGAGAGAGCAAAUCUGCUCUCUGCAGACUUGAGUAUCUCAGUACUAUUUUGGACUUGGCUGUGUGAAGAGGUGAUUUCUUCCUAGGUGGAGAGAGGGCUGAGUAGCCUAUAAAAGCAGAACAGUGUGUGUGUGUGUGUGUUGUGGGGGGGGCAGGGGGGAUGUCUCCCACUUUUUAAAUGGAGCUGAGUUGAAGAAAUACCUUUUUUAUUUUUAGAAGAGGGGUUUCCUUAAAUAAAAGACGCUAAGAAAAAUUCCCUGCCUAUACAAGUUUGUAGAAAGUAUUCUGAAAUUUUAAAAGUAUAUAUAUUUUGUAAUUUUCAUGAGUUCUUUUUUUUAAGUCCCCUUUUCCCCUUUGCCGGACAUCUCUCCAGAUGAAUGGCAUUUUAUAUCGCUCAUUGCCAGAACCGAUGCAGCAGCUACAGUAUGUUAAAGCUCUCUAAGCUCAUAUCAUAGGCUAUUCUAGGCAGUUGAGAAGAGAAUAUUUAUAUAUAAUUAUAAAUCUAUUUUCUGGAGUAAAAGCAAAUAAGUUUCUGGGUUUUUAUAUAGAGCUAUUUAUACUUUCUAAGAUGGCUGCUCUGUUUUUGGUAACUCUUCUUUUUAUACGUAAAACACUAAUAUAAUGAAACUCCUAAUGAUUGUGAAAACUAUUUAAGCUUGAUUCUGUGUACUAUACCUGAAGGCAAUAAAUUCUGCUAGAAUUAAUGUCUGUAUGCAAAAAUCAGAUUUCCCUGAACAUGACUAAAAUAUAGUUGGAGGUUUGUGUUUUUAGCCUUGUAAUAUAUUAUCAGUGCUGUGGAGCUCUAUAAUAUAUAUAUAUAUUCCAGUAAAAUGCACACUUAAGGUUUUAUACAGACUUCCUGCAAGGGGUGCUGGGUUGCUCUCUUCCUUGCAGAGUCUCCCUAAAUGUCUUCCUCUUCUUGAUGGAGUCAUUACUUCACAUAUGGUGUUGCUAAUCAAUGGCAGCUGAACAAUUCAACUGUGUGGGUUGGAGUCUAGCUUUUACAACCAGCUUCACGGCACGGGGAGCAUGGAAUUUCACUGCUGGGGGUGUGGGUAUGAUUCGGCCACAUGCUGCUGUUUGCUUCUCCCCUUUUAAUGCCACGGGGUGACAGAAGACAGACUUCAGAAGCUGUUUGGUACGGAGAGUGCAAAGUUGCUAUUCCCUCUUCAGGCAAGUGCGAAGAGGCUCCAAAUACGUGUUGUAGCACAUGCUAUGUUUUCCUUUUGGGCUCUUAAUUGAGGCUAUUGGCUUUCAGACUUUUGAAUGGCUGUUCCCCUUCUAAAGAAGAGCAUCUUCAGGGCCAAGCUUUUUCUCCAGCUGCUGGUUCUACCUGACUGUAAAUGCUGGUACCUGUUGGGGAGAAUCUUGAUCCACUGAUGGUUAUGCCAGAAUGGUACAAAAGUUUCGAACAACACGUCUGUGCUGUGCAAAUAUUAAAGUGGGGGGUGGGGAAGUGGUUUCCCCCCCCCUUUUUUCGUUUUGGAUUAAGGACCACAUUUCCAGCUGGGCAAACUUCUAGGACCACCACAUGCUAGUAGUGAGCAGGAGCAGGAGCAAAAGUGGGUGGAGCAAAUGUUGCCUUUGCUAAUUUCUCUCUGCUCCAUCCAGGCAACCAAAGGCACUCUCAGAAUUGAAGGACACCUUCUAGCCAGGCAAAAAGGGGAUAUGAAGAGGUGUGUUGCCUGGGGGAAGAGUCUUGAGAGUCAGGUAGUGUCCUAGAGGUUUGCGUUUGGCGUCCUGGCUUGAGAUUCCUCGCCCCUCAUUUAGAGGGAAGUGUGCAACUGCUGCAGCAGAGCUAGGCUUAAAUCCUAGUUCUUUGGGUUGGGGAAGCGAGUCUCUUCGAAAGUUGCUUUUCAGGGCCCCGCUUGAUUCCGAUGUGAUCGGAUUGCAUCUGCACAGUCUUGUCACCUCUGAGAGCAAAGGGAGGUCUCCGUACAGUGUGUGUGGGGGGGGGAGCGUUUUGUAUAAUUUGCGGGAAAUCGGGUACUGUGCAGCGCAAGGCCAUCUCCUAACCACACAGAUCCUGGCAUAAUCUUGAACUGCUUGCAUUCUUUGAGCUGUAGCUUUU